AAGCUAUAUAUUACGAUUGUUGCUAAAAGUGAUGAGGCAUACACUUCCUGUCAAAGGAAGAAACUACCUCACAUGUUGUCAAUGUCAACUUGUUUCCUACUGAAUUUAGGCCAAUUUCUGAGAAGACAAUCAAACGCAGCGUAGCCUCUGAAAUGAGGAUAGUGUGAAGGCUCGGCUCUGCACUCAACCAUAGAAACAUGAAGAUGACAAAACCUGCACUCCUUGUCCUCUACCUGAUUUGGGGGGAAAUUGCUGGAAUGACCAAUAUGUCUCCAUCUAUACAUCAGGAGAGACAUUUGAUAUCAACUCGUGUUGGUGAAACUAUAACUGUGGAGUGUGUCCUUCACCACUCAUUGAUAACGAGGUUUUACUGGUAUAAACAGCCCCCGGGACAGGAGCCGAGGCUCAUGUGCACCUACUACAAAUACCACGGAAAUAACAUUUUGCAUAAUGAGUUUGAGAAGAGUCCACGUUUCACAGUGGAAACUGGCAAUACGAAAUUUCACAUGACAAUCGCAGAUGUACGUGUGUCAGAUUCAGCAACUUACUACUGCGCAAGCAGCUUCACGGCAACAAUACAGUUUGCGGACGGCAUCAUUGUGAAUGUGGACGGUUCAGGGUCGAAUGCCCAAGCUCUGGUCCGUCAGUCGCCUGUGACUCUCAGCUGUCCAGUUCACAAAGGACCCAGCGAUGGACAACACAGCGUUUACUGGUUCAACUCUGAAGAAGCUCACCUCGGACUCAUUUACUCUUGUGAAAACAACAGUGAUCGGUGUGAGCGGAACCUCCGCACACAAACACACACCUGUGUCUACAAACUGCCAAUGAAGAGUCUGAAUCUGUCUCAUACGGACACCCACUACUGUGCUGUCGCCUCAUGUGGACACGUAGAGUUUGGAAACGGGAGCAAUUUGGACUUUAAAGGUUUGUCUGAUCAGGUGAACUCUGUUGUCUCUGUGCAUGUCUUGAGCGGAGCUGUUGCAUUGUGCAACAUCCUGAGUGUUUUACUGGCUUUGUGUAUGUGGGGAAUCAAAAGGAAAAGAAGCUGCAUUUGUGAAGGGUCCGCUGCAAGAUUUACAGGUCCCUUCUCCGGCAGUGCGGAGUGCUACCAAAAUGAAGAUCGUCUCCAUGACAAUGUAACUCAGACUGAAAAAAAGCUCAACAGUGGAAGAAGACAGAAGAAUAACACCUGGAGUCAAUGUGUGUACUUCAGUGUAAAGCAGUAGAACUGCAAAUCCUUCACUGUUUAUCUCAGGCUGACGUUUUGAUUAUGU